GUUCAGAGAGCGGAAGCUGCCCACUGCGCAUGUGUACUUUCUACAGAUUACACAGAAAUAAUGGAGCAGGCAGAACAAAAACAGGGAGGAGCGAAUGAAGAGGAAGUAGGAGGAGGAAGAGAACUGGAUCAGAAGACCAGGAUGAAGAGAAGACAUGAGGAAGAGGAGGCUGAGGAAGAAACUUCCCCCAAUAAGAAGCUGGUGAGCGAUCAUGGUGAAAAGGUGGCGAGUCACUACAACACGCUGCAGGAAGUCGGACUGGUGGUUCGAAGUCAAAGCAGGAUCUUCUACAUGAGGAACUUCAACAACUGGAUGAAGAGUGUUCUGAUUGGGGAGAUCCUGGACAGGUGCGAAGCGCAGAGCAGGAAUGUGUCUGUGUUGGACCUGGGCUGUGGAAAAGGAGGAGACUUGUUGAAGUGGAGAAGAGGAGGCAUCAGUCACAUCGUCUGUGCAGAUAUAGCUGAAGUGUCCGUGGAUCAGUGCCGGACUCGGUACGAAGAGAAAAGAAAAAGUCAUUCCAAUGAGAAAAUCUUCAGCGCUCAGUUCAUCACCUCCGACUGUUCGAAGGAGGUUUUGUCGGACAGGCUGGACGACCCUGAGCUGAUGUUCGACAUCUGCAGCUGUCAGUUUGUGUAUCAUUACUCGUUCGAGAGCGAGCAGAAGGCGGACAUGAUGCUGAGAAACGCCUGUGAGCGUCUCAAACCCGGAGGCUUCUUCAUCGGAACCACGCCAGACGCCUACGAGCUGGUUAAACGUCUGGAGGCGUCAGACUCCCUGUCAUUUGGAAACGAAGUCUUCAAAGUUUCCUUUCAGUCCAAAGGUUCCUAUCCACUGUUUGGAUGUCAGUACCACUUCAGCCUCGAGGGCGUGGUCGAUGUUCCGGAGUUUCUGGUCUACUUUCCUCUUUUUGAACACAUGGCAAAGCGGUACAACAUGCGUCUGGUGCUGAAGCAGAGGUUCUCGGAGUUCUUUGAGGAAAAGGUGAAAAAGGAGAGUCACCGCAGCCUCAUGAUGAAGAUGAUGGCUCUGGAGCCUUUUCCCUGUGACGAUGGAGGUCAGCAGGCUGCCGACAACAAGGAGCAGUACUGCCAUGCUAAAGAGCACUGCGGCAGACCUGGAGUCAGACUGCCAGUGGGAACCCUGAGCAAAUCUGAGUGGGACGCGACCAGUAUCUACUUGGUGUUCGUGUUUCAGAAAAUGUCCUGAUACUCAAAAGCAAAAUUCUCCGCCUCACAAACUUACCUCACCUGUUACUCGGCUUAUCUGUACAGUUUCUUUUUCUGUUGUCAUAUUUGAAUUUUUUUUUUUUAUAAAAAUGUAAACCUGCUGUAGAAAUUAAGCUGGAAAGAAAAAAAUAAAUCAGUUGUUCAGUCCUAUUUAUUUUAUUUUUUAUGUGAUGCUGGUUAGAAUUGUACGCAAAAGUCACAUCAGAAAAAAAACGUUUGGAAGCAAUAAUUGUCGACUGAUGAAAUGUAAGAAUCUUGUCUUUGUUAUGGAGCCUAUGCAAUAUUUAACCGCAAUGCGCUGAACAACGACCUAAACGCCAU